AUCGGAAAAAAAACCCAGCCGUUGCCGGGAAAGGUUCGGAUCCCUACUGAGACGACCAUUAUCGGGUUUGUGUAAUCCGUUCGAACUCUAAAGGUGAAGAAACAAAAAUCCGAGGCCACACGGCUCGAUGAGGUUGUUCGAACAAUGUAGCGUUUGGGGGUGCUGCUAAUUCGCUCUCUCAGCUCUAUACCCACGCCAUGAACCCCCAACGCGUCUCUUUCCUCGCCGGUGAACGUCGCGGCAUGGAGAAACUUUACCAAUGAGUUGUGAGACAAGAAGAACAAGGAACUAGAGUAUCCACAAUUGAUAUUAUUACCUACUUGCAGAGAACUCAGAGCAUUAGUACCGGAGAAUAAAAGAUCAAAGGGAUUAGAGUCAUCGACGGAAGUGUUCUUCUCUUGACGGCUCUGUUCAUUCUUUAAAUUGAAAAAGUCUCUGAUCUGCUCACAAUCUUCAGAUGGCAUGGCUUGUGGUAUCUCUUUCUCUGAUUGUUAUCUGGGUGGCUUCUUUAUGCAAAGUUUUCUUCGGAGGAACCUCUAACUCCAGAGCUGCUAUUAUCGGUCAUGGUAGUAAUACCCCUGACAAGAAAAAUAUUAUGUUCGUUAUUGCACAUCCUGAUGAUGAGUCAAUGUUCUUUUCUCCAGUGAUAAACUACUUAACUUCCAAUGCAUACAAUCUUCACAUGUUAUGCUUGUCUACUGGUAACGCUGAUGGUAUGGGAAGCAUUCGGAAAGAUGAGCUGCAUCAGGCUUGUGCAGUGCUCAAGAUUUCGCUUCAACAGUUAAGAGUUCUGGACCAUCCAAAUUUACAGGAUGGCUUUGGGAAAGUAUGGAGCCAUGAUUUGCUAACAGAAGUCAUCGAAGAAGAAGUCACUAAACACGAUAUCCACACGAUCAUAACAUUUGAUAACCAUGGUGUUUCUGGUCAUUGCAAUCACCGAGAUGUGCAUCGUGGAGUAUUGAAUUUCUUGCAAACUAAUUCAGGAAAAAAUAUCAAAGCUUGGGAACUAGUAAGCCUUAAUAUCUUUCGCAAGUACUGUGGACCUGUCGACAUUUGGCUGUCAAUUUUAUCCGACAAAAAACAUCCAAGUAAGGUAAUCAUCAUAAACGAGCAGCCUUGGAAAAGCUUCAAAGCAAUGGCACAACAUUUAAGCCAGUGGGUUUGGUUUCGGAAGCUCUUUGUUUCGUUUUCAAGCUACACAUACGCGAACACACUGAACAGAAUUAUCCCUUGAGUCAGAUUUUGAGGCAACCCAGCUAGCUAACAAGCUCUUUUCUGAGGCAAUGGUGAGAGAAUUAUGAACAAACACUGUAGCUUGUAUUGUUGGAUCACUGACAAAUUAUUUAUUUGGCAUUUUGCAUAUAUAUUUUGUUGUAAAAAUACUUUGCUAAUAAUUCAGAUGCAAACAGAGUCACAAAAAACUUGCGAAGUUGAAGCAUA